CAAACUCCUUUGUUUUUUUAUUUUUUGCUUUUUGCUGGCUCUUCCUCACCGCUACCCUUUCUUGCUUUUUAGUUUCCACAGUGCCCCAUUUAUUAAACCAGCGGCCACACAUCUUCAGGUGCAUGCGUGUGGACCGGCCGCCGCAGAUCCCUCUCCCAUCCAUUAAUUUGAUCUCCAUCUCAGCUCCAUCGCUGUCAUAUCUUGACUCUACCCCGCGCCUAGAAUUUCUAAACCCAGAAGAAGAUCCCUCUGCGCCGCUCAGCUCCGCCAGAGCAGUUGAAAGCUACAGCAGGAAUAAGUUGAAUUGAAAGAGGGAGAAGGAGAAUAUUUAUACAUAUAAAUAGGGGGGGAUGGGGAGGGUGAAGCUUCCGAUCAAGAAGAUAGAGAACACGACCAACAGGCAGGUCACUUUCUCCAAGAGGAGAAAUGGGCUCAUCAAGAAAGCCUAUGAGCUUUCUGUUCUCUGCGAUGUCGACGUAGCUCUCAUCAUGUUCUCUCCCUCCGGCAGACUCAGCCACUUCGCCGGCGCCAAAAGCAUGGAAGAUACACUAGAAAGGUUUCUAAAUCUUCCGGAGCAGGACCGAGGACGGAUGCAUAAUCAAGAGUAUCUUGAGAGAGUAAUUCGAAAGUUAAAGUGCAUACCGGAUCAAUCUUAUCAAGCAACAACCAGCCCAUUGAAUGACGUUCAUUCUCAAAUCGAGAGCAUUCAACAAGAAAUCUUUAAAAGCAAGUGCCAAUUGGAGGAAAUGGAGAACCGACUUAAGGUUUUCGAAGGUGAUCCUUUAGAAAUCAUGACAGUAGAUGAGGCCGACUACCGGCAACAUAUCCUUGAGGAUACCUUGGAGCAAGUACGAGUGCGCAAACAAGUUUUGAUGGAAAAGUUCGAUCCUUCUGAUGGACAACAAAUUUCUCAGGUAUCCGAGUUGCCCCCCGAUACCGUAAAUAUGGACGGUAUGAUCGAUAUCGCUGGAAAUCCAAGUAAUAUCAUGGUUUGGCCACCACCAGGGAGAGACCCACAAGUCCCAUUUCUAAAUUUCUUGGAUACGAAUGGCUUUCUUCCCAUGAGAGAUCAACCGCAGGCAAUGGGUGAAGUCUUCCCGCCGACAUCGGUUCUCCUUCAUGAGCAAAAUCUGCAUCCUGAUGAUGGGAGGAGCGCCGGCGGCCGGUUGGAGGAUGACGGCGGCAUACAGGGUCAGUUCAGGCACGUCAUCGACGGCAACCCAUCUCCAUGGACCGAUGAACUUUGCUGUCAAGCAGGAAAUGGGCCUUUUAAUAACUCACAACAUAGAGGGAGAGCGCUUGUUGAAAUCUUGUUAUCUCAAUUAAACUCGUGAAUUAUCGAUGCAAAGUCCAAAUAAGAAUCGCAAGAUCAGGCAUGACACAAGCACUUUUUCUUUUUUCUUUUUUUCUUUUUCAAUCAAAUGUGAUAACAUGAUAUUAUAUAUAGAUGUUUUAAUUUGUUGUAGAUGGCAUUAACUGCCACAUCAUACUAUUUUCUUGAAUGUUGAAGCCUUAAAAGAGCAUGAUAUGUAUCUUGGAAUAAUUGUUUGCAAA